CGUCUCCAGUUGCUGCGCUGGCAUCUGGCGCGCGAUGCAUCCAACAAGCUCGGAGCUGUCACGUGAUCAACGAAAGAGCUGAUCUUUGAAAAAGUGAUUUUAGAAAAGUCCUGCGCUUAUGACUGCUCUACCUUCCUCCAAACAUGGCUGAUAUGAAGAAAGUUUAUGUAUUUAGUAACGUAGCGCCUUUCAGCGAGCUGGAAAAGCUUUUCUGAAACAUGCACACGCAACAGUGGAUUGCAGCAGCUUUAAUAGUGGAAGCAGAUGUUUGGAUCUAGUUGCAUUCCUGUCUUGUCAUUGCUCUGCUGGUACACCUUCUUCUGGGUAAGUCUUGUAAAUUAAAGUUUGAGACACUAUAAGACAGUUCUAACAAGACUGAACGUGAACAUGUAAUGCAAAAUGAAUGCACUUGGAAAAAGAAAAGCAUUCGCAAUUUUAUAGCUGUUUGCCUUAAGGGGUUAAUCAUAAGUUUGCAUAUUCAGCUCUAUGAGGUAGCCUAUACGAUUUUAUCCAAAAGUGUAAUUAUAUGUUUAAAGUUCAUUUUACAUGUUUGAAUUACACAAGAGUGCCUAAAAAUAUGUUAAAGUGGAGCCUCGCUUGUUUUUGAAUAAAUCUUUUAAGCGAACCAUGCACAGAUUCAUUCAGUCGCUGUUUUGAGUUUCGAGGCUCAGAGGUCGAAAUGAUGAGCAGUGUCGUUCGAAACUGAACCAGAUUUUAUUCAUUCAAAGCUUGAUGAAAGUCUGUUACAGAGCAAUACAGUAAACGUGUUUCUAUGUUGUAAUUUAUGUGGAAAUAAUGCUUUUUUUCGGGGGUGUUUUAGUACAUUUAUAGACAGGCAAUUCUACUAUGGUCUUUUCUGGAGAAUCGAAUGACUGAAUGAUUCAAUGACUCGACACAAAAAAGAAACUCACCGCCUACUUGCGUAACGAUGUUAAUUUAAUUCGAGUGGAACGAAUCACAUUUUCCAAGAGCAGGCGUUAUCAUCAGACUGCUGGUCAAAUGUCUGACAAACUUAAGGGGAUAUAUUUCAGAAUAGCCUCUCACAAUGCUCGGAAUCCCUCUCAAUCAUUUAGGAGAGGAUUUGAGGAACAAAGCAUUAUUUAAAUCUGUAAAAAUAAAGAGGUAUUUUGUGAGUGAACUUUGCUGUGAUAGGCUUCUUUUUAAAAACUGACUGAGAACUUGAAAAGCAACUCCAACUUUUCUGUGGAUAUCGCACAUGAAAGAGACACCAGUUUAAGCUUUUUCAACAGUAUCAACAUUUAUUUUACUUUGAAGUGCCAGAUAAGAAUUUUAAGUUUGCAAGCUUGUCACAGAUGUCAGAUGUGGAUCCUGUUAUAAAUUGUUUGCGUAUCCUGUUUCAUAGAAGUAUGCGGUCCUGGCUGUUUAUGGAGCAUAACUUUGGUCAAGUAAUAUCCUGUGUCUCCUGUUGUUUCGUGACAUCCAGGAUGACUGUGAAUUUACUAUGACUGUGAGAAAAUCCAAAUACUUUAGGAGGAAUAUGAGACUUCAACAGAAUUUCUUAGGAGGAAUAACACUGAAACCUGUCACACCAUGAGAAGGGUCUAUAUAAAGGGAGAUGUGCUUUGCUCCCUGAUUCUGCUGGUGCUUCUCUUUCUGCUGUUAUAUGCACAUCAAAGAAUAACCCCCGUAUGGGGGACUUUGCACAUUGAACAGGGGUCCACCAGGUCGAGACCCCUUCUCAGUGGAGCAUCAAUGGGACAGCAAAUAAAGCCGGUCCCUUCAAAAUAUCCUGACAUACCUCCUUGCAAACCUGAGGUUCAGAUCAAGCCUAAAGCACAAGGAUCAUCAAAGGUCAAGUCUCAGAAAGCACGUAGCAAAGCAAAGUCUAAAUCUCACCAGCCCUCAACGACAGCAAGUCUGCAACCAACACAUGCUUCCUUUGACUUUGACGAUUACCUUCGAAAGAAAGAUCAACGGGACUUCAAGCUGUUAAUUGAUCAACCAACAAAGUGUUCUGGACCAGAAGGAGACCCUUACAUGCUGAUCGCCAUAAAAUCAGUAGCAACGGACUUUGACAAACGUCAGGUCGUUCGCCGCACAUGGGGACGAGAAAUUGUGUCCCAGAAAAACAUGAACGUCAAGAGAGUUUUUCUUCUUGGUGUGCCCCAAAAGCUAUGGGACAAACUGUUGGGAUAUGAGAGUCACGCUUUUAGUGACAUACUCCUGUGGGACUUUGAAGACACCUUCUUCAACUUGACACUAAAAGAAAUCCACUUCCUGCAAUGGAUCAAUGUGAGCUGUCCCAAAGUGAAGUUUAUUUUUAAGGGUGAUGCAGACGUUUAUGUGAACAUUGACAAUAUCCUGGAGAUGCUUGAGGGUCAAGAGAGCAGUAAGGAUCUUUUUGUUGGCGACAUCAUCGUCAAUGCGAAACCAAUUCGCAGACGCAACAGUAAGUACUUUGUCCCAGAAUUUGUUUACGGCCAGGGGAUCUACCCGUCUUAUGCGGGUGGAGGCGGCUUUGUCAUGUCAGGACAUACGGCACUGAAGCUCCACCUCGCCUGCCAAGAGGUGGAACUCUUCCCCAUUGAUGAUGUCUUCCUAGGCAUGUGUCUACUGAGGAUCGGCCUUCAGCCGACUCGUCACGAAGGCUUCCGCACCUUUGGAAUCAUAAGACCGUCUGCUGCACCCCACCUCCAGGUCUUCGACCCCUGCUUCUACAGAGAGCUGAUGGUGGUGCACAGCUUGACGGUCCCACAGAUCUGGCUCAUGUGGAACCUUCUUCAUGACCCUUACCUUCAGUGUCAUCGCAGUCAGGACCCCACGGUUUUUCCCUUUCAGUGGAGCGACAAGAUUGGGAAGACAGCUAAGAAUAACGCAAAGGAGAAGCUUAGGAAUAACGACUAUGGGAUGAAAGUGUUUGUGGAACAUUAACUCCAAGAUAAUGAAUGUACUUUGAAAAUAAAACAUCAAACCACAGCAAUGAGAAAAUUCCUUCCCUGAAAUGUAUAUGAACAUUUCAGGUUUGGAACAACAUGAAGAUGAGUAAAUGAUUCUUUUAGGGUGAACUAUCCAUCUAAAAGACUGUUUAAAAAAAUGCAAAAUGAAAGAAAAAAAAACCUUGCAAAAGUUCUGUAGAUGGUUCUUUUAAAAUGUACUUCGUAAACAAAUAGUUUCACAGCUGUAUCAUUCACUCAAACUAUUCCUCCAUUACUGUAGACUUCAGCAAAAUGAUAAAAAUGUUGUUGUAUAUGAAUCCCAAGGGGUACACAUUUUGUAUGCACAAAAUGGACACUAAUGUUAUGUUGAUACUGAUAUUCUCAUGCAAAAAAGUACCGGGUUAUGUGUCAUAGAACAGACUAUUACUGUACAGGUGCAUCUCAAUAAAUUAGAAUGUCAUGGAAAAGUUCAUUUAUUUCAGUAAUUCAACUCAAGUUGUGAAACUUGUGUAUUAAAUU